AGAACACGAUCCGCCGGCGGAUUUGGUGCCUAGAACAGUAUCUGCCAGGCGCAGGAUCCGCCGGUACACCGGCCGACCAAUCAUCUGCGCAAGCGCUUAUUGAUCAAUCUUGUAAGUUGUAGUGUUCAUCGUAUUCGGAGUCAGCAAGAUUUGGAAGAUUAUAAUACUUGUUUCUUUUCUUAGCUGUUUACUUUUCACGAUGUUCUUUGCAGUACUUAUGUGAGAGGCCGGUGUCCAACUGACUCGAGAUGGAUGAUAUCUCCCUGAUGGACACAUCUUCGGAUGAUGAGCUUGACUUCAGUACCCCUCUCUGGAAGCGCAUCAACAGACGUCAAGUUUCGUCAUCGGGAAGUCCCAGAGAUGGAAAGGACUUGUUAUUUGCCAAGCCAUUCUUUGAAGAGGCGCAUGAUAAGUUGAAGAAAGGGCUGACGACUUCAGGGUCUUCGGAUGGGACAGCCUUUGGGGAACGUGGAAGUCCGCUCUCGGAAGUGACUAGCAACAUCUCCUGGGGUCCUCUAAGUCCAACAUUCCCUGGGAAGCCGACAUUGGAUAAAGGUAAUCCAUUUGCAAGGUCUGCAGAUUGUAAAACAGGUGGUCCCAGUACCAGUAAAGCAGAAAGCUUCAGAACACCUUAUCAAGAAGAAAGUACUAAAUAUCCUGUUUCUGAAAAGGGGAAACUUGGCAAGACUAAACUGACAUCAACGGACACUGCUUCGGAACGGUUACAAGCUCUUAGUCAUCAGGUCAGUAAAGAACCACAAUCAGACAUCUCCGGCAAGUUUGCGAAAGAUGGGCCAGACACUUCUGAAAAGCAGCACCUGCCCCUGGAGAUGGGCAGCACUCUGUCUCCCAGUCCUUCCAAAGGAGGAUGGAAAAAGAUACAUGUCAGUCCUAGGGAAACGUCAAAGAAGUUGUUGAACUUGCCCAUUUCUCCUUUGAGACACGUAGGGAAAGUUAGCCCAAAGUGUGCCUCUCCAGGAACAAGUGUUCAUAUACACUGGGAUAAGAACAAAAAGAUGCAGUCUACCUCACUAGAGCCCAAAGGCAGUAGCAGAUACAGUCCUAACAAACUUCGGAUGCAUUUUAGUCCAAGUUUCACUCUCAGGUCACCUUCAAGCUUCAGUAUUAGAAGUCCAAUUUCGAUCCCUGACACACCAAACCUGGAAAGUCAGGACAGAAAGCAAGAUAGUGAUGAUGGAAACAUAAGGAGUUCCUCUCCGAAAUCUCAACAUGGCCAUUCUGGAAACCGUGAUAGGCAUAAUGUUCUUUUGAAUGAUCUUUUGUCUGAAGAUGAUGACUUUAAAUUAGAUCAGGACUUGCCUUCUACUUCAUCAGCUCGUAGCCUGUUUUCAUCCCGCUCACCACGUUCAAGUCAUGAUGUCAUGAGUCCAAAGAAGACCUUGCACACUCCAACAAAGAAGGUGAAGGAAAUUUGGAUGCAAAAGCUGAAGGGCUCAGAAAGCAGUGAGAGAAAGGAAGCAAGACAAAGGGAUCCGGUGUGGGACUUUGCUGACAAGUUUUCCUCUCAAGAAAAGUACUCUGAUGAUUCCUCAAGGACGUUUGAUCACAGAAGACAAGGAGUGGGAGUGAAUUCAAGACAGGACAAUUAUUUCAACAAAGUGACUAGUCCUGAAAAUAAGGUGAAUAGAAAGUAUCAGCGAUGUAUCAGUUCGACAACAAGUGAAGAUGAUGACCUUCCUCUUAUUUCAUAUGUUACAAGUAAGAACAGACAAUCUGCUUGUGAUAAAUCACCUGCCGACUCUGCGAAACACAUGCAUGAUCCAUUGGUUACCUCUCCGUCAAGAACUUGGACAAGCCCUCCAAACAGGAGUUCAUGGGCCUCUCCAACCCAUUCUAAGAAGCCUCCGGUCAUUAUUUCUCCUUGGAGGCCACAGUCUGGUGUCAGCAGUGGGGUGUCACACAGAAAGAACACUUGGAAUAAUGAUGCGCAGACUGCUAAAGGUAUCUCUAGCAGCAGUUCUAUAGGUAGGGCUAAUGAUGUUAAGAAGGAUGGAAUGGCACAGCAUAGAUCAGCAAUGGGUAAUGAUGACAGAGGGAAAAGAAAUGCCAAGGGUAAAUUUGCUUCAGCAAUGACGAAGAAGAAGAAGCUGAUGGCAUCAUUGUUUGCUGAUUUUUCAAGCGAUGAAGACGAGGAUAACCAUUUGUCCGCAGAUAAGAAGCGGAAGAAUGAGGAUGGUGCCUUUGGACUUGAGAGUGUGGAAGAAAGGACCAAACGGAGGAAAGUCAAUUCAAAUAGUGCUUCUGAAGACUUUGAUGGUUCAAGCAAUUCCAGGGAUCAACAAAGAGUUGGACAUCGCACAAAUUCAAGCAGAAUUACAGACGGUAAUCAUUUAUCAAAUUCUAGUAAAAGUAGUUCAACAACUAUAUCACCGUCAUAUCCCAACCAAAAAAGCGUGUCAAGAACUUCUUCAAAGAAAAAUCCUAUUCCUUCCACCAAAACAUCAGGUCAAACAUCUAGUGAUGAGGUAGCUCAGUCAAGGUACUCAAAAGGCAGAGGUGAGAAAACGGAAAAAGGACAAAAUGGUCCUACUAGGAAAGAAGGCCGCCAGAUAACCUCAAGUAGAUUCCAUACUUCUGAUCCUUUGGAUCUACCUUCGUCAAGCGGCAUUUCAGAAGGCGCGGUGAACACUGUGAAGGAUGACUCCGACGAUGAAGUAGUGGUUCUUGAUUCUUAUGGGUAUGCCUCCUCACUGGUAGGAACCUAUAGCAAGACAAGAAAGAGCCACAAGAAGAAUGCAGCACAUAACAAGAAGAAGGAUGCCAGAGGUUCUAAAAGCUCUUCCAGGAGCAGCGCUACAGGUAGUCUUGCAGAUGAAAGGAAUACAGUCUCACCUUCCCUUUUGCGUCAACUCAAUCAGAUGGAUUCGGAUGAAGCCAUGGCGAGAAGACUGCAGGAGGAGUAUGAUGCAGAAAUGGCUCGGUCUGUCCAGCAGCACGGAUCGUCUAACAAAUCAAGGGAAGAUACACAUCAUCGAGCAGAAUCGACAGCUACCCAUUCAGCCAGUGACAGAAGGGAACCGGUAAACGAACCAGAUGCUGGAACCUUCGCAAAUUUCAAUCCUCGUCAUAACAUCUCCAUCGAAGUCUCCUCCGAUGUACCAGUCCAGAUCGGCAGCUUCAACUGGAACUACGAUUUCCAGCCUGCAUCAUCACUCCUAGACCUAGGCAGACCGGAUCGCCCACCGCCGUCUCAUUCACCUCCUCCCCUGCCCAGGAGAGGGCGUCCUGACCAUCGCCAACGACGUGGCAGUCGGUCGCGCAACUCCGACGCUCGUGUGGACGAGGGAAUCCCUAACUUAGCAAACGUGAGAGGGCGCUUUUACGAAGACCAUGGACUUGGCAUGGAAAUGUUAUUAGAUCUCCAUCACGACAUGGGUUCACGCUGGAUGCCAUAUCCAUAUAUUGAUGAUAUUAACCUUCCACCGAGGCCUGGUCGACAGCGAGUACGGGGUGGAGGUCGAGCACGAGGUCGAAGGAGAGUUGCGGUUGGCGAUCACAACAAUGGCAAUGACUAUGAUGCCCUCCUCCAGCUCGCGGAAAAUCUUGGACCGGCCGUUGACAAGCGGCUCAACCAGGCCUCGAUAGACAGGCUUCCAACCUUCAAGUUUGCCAAGGACCAGCACUCGGGCUCUCAGGAGGAGAACUCUUGUCCCAUCUGUAUGGAUGAUUACGAGGAAGGGGCGGAGCUCCGGAGGCUGCCCUGUUUCCAUGGCUACCAUAAGAAUUGCAUCGACAUGUGGUUGAAGAAAAAUCAAGACCCAGUGUGUCCAAUAUGCAGAGUGGAUGUGAAGAUCGAGUAGCGGUGGACAGCAUCUGACAGCCUCAUCAUAGAGCUAGCAUCAGAGUACGAAUAAAUCCAUGUGGUGAUUUACCUACCUGUUACCUAUCCUCCAGAUGCCUAGGGUCUCCACGGAACAUCUCCACCUUUGCCUAUCAGAGGCCACAGCUCUGGCUUCUGUCCACGACCUCCAUCCUGCCAGGGUCCUUUCUAUAUGUCCACUGUUCGUCGCCAAGUUGUUUUGGGCCUGCCCCUAUUCCUUUUCCCUUCUGGUGCCCAGGUCAAUGCUGUGUAGCAGAUGCUUGAAGGUCCCCCCCCCCCCUUAAUGUCUGCCCGAUGAAUUCUUGGGAGACCCUACAUGUGGUGAUUACUAGUAUGUAUGAGCUUUAAUACAGGAUGAUCAUAGUUUCACUUUGUGAUACUCCUUUAUAUAUCUUAUUUGAAACGGCACCAAAAUGGAUUAGGGAGAACUUGACAGGUUCAUAUAACCCUUUAAUCCUAUCAUCUAAAGGGGGAAAAAUUGAUAUCAUCUAGGCUUUAAGUCAUUUUGCCCCCCCCCCCAACAAACUGCUCGGUUCAGGAAUUGAAGCUAGAGACCUAUAUAAAGUGCAUAUCAUUUGAGGUAUUGGAUAGUGGGGGCUGUGCUUUGGUUUAGAUUCUUCUAAAAGCACCAAAUUUGGCUUAGAUGCCGACCAUGACAUAUUAUUACGAUAUUGAAGGAUGCCCUCUGGGUUUGCCAUUUUGGCCUAAUCCAAAAUGGCUGCCAGGUGAAGUGGUGGAAACCCAUUAUAUUUUUAAUUCAAAAUCUGUAGAAAAGUAGAAUAAUAUAAUGUUGUGUGCAUAGGGGGUUUAUAGCUUUGCUAUGCUCCUAAGAAUUUAAGAAUGGGUUAUUUCAUGGAGUCAGAGCAAUGAAAUCCGCAAUGUUUAUGCUGACAUUAUUCAUAAUGUCAUGAUGAAUGUUCAUUUAGAUGUCGUUUUGCUUUUGAUGAGCGAGGUAAUGUUACUUUGCUCCAAUAAUAAUUAAUUUUAAGGUUUCAUACAUGUUCCAUAGAGGCUCCCCCUCCUAUUUUUCUAAAACCCUGUACAAAAAUGUAAAAAUUACCACUUGUGAUUUUUUGCCUGGUCAGCCCCCCCCCCCCCUACUUUCAAAACCAUUCCGCAAGUCAUAUUUCUGACAUAGUAGCAAUGCUUUUCCUUUGAAUUAAAUGAGCAUUGAAUUGAAGAUGAUGAUCCACAGCAUUUAUAUUGCCCCAUAUUUCUGUUUAAAACUGUGUUUUGAUAUUCAAAGUAAUAACGGAACCGGGGGUGUUUCACAAAGAUGUAAGUGUGACUUAAAUUCUCAGUUGCAUUGCUAGAUAAAAUACAGUGCUGCAAUAAGAUUGCUCGCUAAAUGUCAUGUGCGUAUUGACACUUUUUAAUGUCAAUGCGCAUACUGGGUCCCGUCUUACAAAGAGUUGUGAUUGAUCCGAUCAACCACAACUAUGGACAGCCUGCAACAUCAACAUUUAAAAUGUAUGUUCAAAAUGUUUUCCAGAUAUGAAGUAUAAUUGAUAAAUUAAUCGUUUUCUUUACAAUGUGGUGUGUUCGCCUUUGUUUACAAAGGACAGUUUGCAAAUUUCCUAUAGAAAAAAAUUCUGACACUGAUGGAUUUCCAUAGAGUUACAAUUGAUUGGAUCAAACGUAAUUCUUUGUAAGAUGGGGCCCUGAAGUCACACUUAAGUCUUUGUGACUCUCCAGUCGCUCUUGCAAGUUCUAGGGUUCACUCAAAGUGACGUGGACCACAUUGAAUGUUGCAAGGCCAUUUCCUGACUUUGCAACAUGAAAUACCCUUUAUAUAAAUGUCCUCUGUAUGUAAUCACUGAAAUACAAAUAGUUGUUCCGUGUGGAAUCUUAACAAUGCAAUAUAUUAAUCAGGUUUUUGUCUCACCUGCAUAGCAGAGUGAGACUAUAGGCGCCUCUUUUCCGGCGGCGGCGUCAAGGUAAGGUUAAUCAAGCAUCACUGAACAUUCUGCAUGAGUUUCACGUCACAUGACCAAGGUCAAAGGUCAUUUAGGGUCAAUGAACUUUGGCCAAAUUGGGGGUAUCUGUUGAAUUACCAUCAUAACUUUGAAAGUUUAUGGAUCUGAUUCAUGAAACUUGGACAUAAUAGUAAUCAAGUAUCACUAAACAUCCUGUGCAAGUUUCAGGUCACAUGAUUAAGGUCAAAGGUCAUUGAAAUUUGGCUAAAUUGGGGAUAUUUGUUGAAUUACCAUCAUAACUUUGAAAGUAUAUUGGUCUAGUUCAUAAAACCUGGACAUAAGAGUAAUCAAGUAUCACUAAACAUCCUGUGCGCAGUUCAGGUCACAUGACCAAGGUCAAAGGUCAUGUUAAGGACAAUGAACUUUGGCCAUGUUGGGGGUAUUUGUUGAAUUACCAUCAUAUCUCUGUAAAGUGUAUUGGUCUAGUUUAUAAAACGUGGACAUAAGAGUAACCAAGUAUCACUGGACAUCUUGUGCGAGUUAUAGUAGUUUUCAAGUCAGCACUGCUGCUAUAUUGAAUCGCGUGAUGCAGGUGAGACCGCCAGAGGCAUUCCACUUGUUUGGCUUUAACAGGCCAGAUUCUAUGGCCCGUAUUCUGAAUUCGGGUUUGAUUUAAACUCUGGUUUAAAGUUGUGGAUAGCCAAUUGUGACAUAAAUCUCUAACAGUAGAGGUUCAUAGUAUAAGCUCAUUUGACUGUCAAAUCAUUCUUAACUGUUUGGGAAGGAUGAAUAAGAUAAUUGUCUUCACCAUUAAGAAUUAGAAAAGAGCACAGUAAAUAUAAGGAACAUGCCAUGUGAACAAAUAUAGACAUGUUUGGCUUUCCAUAAUAUAGCACAGAGUUAGACCAUGGUCUAAGUACAGAAUACGGGCCUAUAUGAGUCUUAUGACUGAUAUCACUCGUAUAAGAACAUGCACGCCUACGACAAACCAGUUCCAUUAAUUUUCUCUAGCGACACUUGUUCCGAUGGAAAAUCUGCACAUUAAGCCAAACAUGAAAGCUAACCUCCACAACUAAAUAAACCCUAAUUCUUAUAUUUACAUUGUUCUGAACCAAAAACUAAACUCAAACCCUAUGCGCUCAGAGAUAUUGAGACCAGGGAAACUGUUAUGUCACUGGCAAAUGAUAUACUAGAAAUGAGUUACAAUUGAUAGUAAGAUUGAUUGUAUCUUUGUGUGCUUCAUGGCCUUGUUCUUGGAAGACCUCAUGACCCCUAUGAACUAGACCUGUAACUUACAUAUCAGCCUCCAUUUUAUAUAAGAAACUCUGCACUAUUACCGUAAGCAUUUCUUUCCUUGAAUCCAAUGUCACCAAAUUGCAUAAAAAAUUUACACCACCACAUGG